GCGCGAUAUCUCGCGCGCGAGGUUUGGUCCUGCGCGAAUUGAUGUUGGAGCCGCCAUGUUUUUCGUGAACACUAUUUUCAAUCCUCAGCGUGUGUAUUUGGCAAUGUGGUCCUCGCGUGCGGUGUGUGUGUGUUCGCGCUCGAAAUCGGGAUGUUAUCGCCGACAGUAGUGUGCCUUAGAGCUGCCCGUUCGACUGCGUCGACCAGCCAAGCUGUGUUGAAGUUGCGGGAGCUGUGACUUACUGGGACCCAAUCGAGUUCAAGAAGAGAUGGAAGAAUGCCUGCACACGUGACCUCGAUGCACCCAAGCAAGAUGCUAAGGUAGCAGCGGAAGCUCGACGGCAGCGUGCUCUCGGCAGAGGCGACGAAGCCCGUGUCGCAAGCUGCAAGUGGUCAUCGUCGUUGCCCGCUUUUCUUUCGCACCACGACAAGUUUUCACUGCCUUUCGUCGCUUUUCGUGGCCCCUUCCUGUUGACAAUGUCUCAUUAGUGCUUUGACAUCAUGUAGGUGUGCUCGCGAGUUCCCGUAAGUGCGCCGAUGCUCCAAUCACUUCUGUUGCCAGCAGGCACCACCUCUUGGCAUUCCAUCGUUGAAAGUGGUAGUGUGUGUUGUGGCCGUGUGCCUUGGUCGUCGUACGUUUGAGCUGUUGUAGGCAGGCCUGCAUUGUUCGAGGUGCAAUGAUGGCGAGACUCGAAACGUGAUUCUGUGAUGACUGGCCGCGCCUGCAGUUGUGUUCCGUGUGGUGCGAGUGUUGCUGGGAUUGUGCGCGCUCUGCUGCUGUCGUGGGAGAAGCGGCCGUUGUUGCUGCCUUGCUUCGUCUGGCUGCCUGCACUGCCUCUGUUCACUGGAUACUUUGUAGAGACUGCAAGACUGUGACGGCUGUGCGUCCACUGCAGGGGUGCGUUCGGUGAAGGCUGGGUCUACAACGCCUGAACGUCGUGGAUCCCGGAGGCCUGUCAUGGUCUCUGGAAGGGGGUGCAUCUAAUGGCGAACCACCAGCAACAGCCAGCGCAUGACUUUGCACCUUCCUGGCUCAAGAUACCCACCUAUGACACUGCGAAGAACUCCGAUGCCCCCCACCAUCACGCACGGUCCGACGAACACCGGCUUGGAUUCCAUCGCCGAUCAGGAGCAAGCUUGCGGUCCGGUUUCCACGGUGAUGGCUUCCGUGAAAGAGACCCAGGUGGCCGCCAGUCCCCGCUGGGCGACAGUCGGGGCGUGCCAUUCUCGUCGAGGCACGCUUCGGCGGAUGCCGAGGACCGUCUCUUCCACCAUUCGGUGCCGAGCAGUGGCGUGCACAAGGUGGCGCAGCCACCACGUCGCCCGCACAGUCGUCACGACUUCCGCGACUUCCUCCAGCCUUCGUACCACAAGAUGAGUUCCAGUGCCGUGCAGAGCAGCGACAACUGUGCCAACAUUGUGGGCGCCCAGGUGGGGGGGUCUGCUGUCGUCACCCAACGCAGCAAGAAGGACCUUCCCGGCAACAACUUCAACCAGGAAUUCCCCACGUUGCAGGGUGCAGACGAAGCUCCCGUUCAACAGCCGCCAGUCGUCAACGGCAGCGUCUGGGAGAACCCACGCAACUCCAAGGUGCACGGGACGGUGCUGAAGAAGGUGCACCUGACACAGCGACCCUCACCACGGACGGAGCCUGCCAGUCUGCUCGAAGUGCGCUCCAAGAGCCCCAACUUCCACCUCCGUUUUGACACUUUCGACCCAUAUCUUAUCUGUUGUGUGCCCUACAUUAACCCAUGUUUCAUCAGUGUAGAAAAUGGGCUGUUUGCCGUAAGUGCUUGCGUUGGCACUGAACUAUGCGUGUUGCCCUCUGUCGUGUCGGCAGUCGGAGCCCUCAGCCCCAAGCUGGGCCGCCCUGCCAACCUGACUGGCCCCUCGCCAGCCAUCAAGACUGUGUCGGCCUCGCAGAACUCCCUUUACAAGGCUCUGCUGCCGUCAAACAAGAAAAGCCAGGUGGGCCACGCCAUGGAGAUCCUGGUGAAGCACCCCAAGACCAAGGGCAACAAGGGGGACUUCCUGAAGGCACUGCGUUCUGCUGACGGCAAGGAGGACGAGGCAGCGACUGCCAAGGGUGCAGGUGGGGACACCAUGGACCUGCACGACCGCACCAAUGGUCACGCCGAGGUGGACAACGGCCCGAGGGGUGACGAAGGUGGUGACUCGGAGCCCUCGACGUGCGACUUGGGAAAGCUGUCGCUCGAGACACCUGAACACCCGCCACUCUCUAGCUCACUGGAGGCGGAGCAGAGGCUGCUGAGGGAGAUGGGCUGGAAGGAUGAAGCCUCGGAUGACGACACCUACGCCCCACUGACCGAAGAGGAGCUUCGCGAGUUCCAGAACCUGACCAAGCUGCGCCAGGAGAAGCUGCAACAGCAACAGCAGCCACAGCGCAACGGCAUCCAGCGCCCGACCGCUCUGCCUGAACGGCCCGCCCUCUGGAGUCCCCGCCGCGCGACCAACCUGGCCACCCCGCUGGGCAACGGCUGUAGCUCUUCGUCAUCGUCAUCCGACACAGAGUCCGACAGCAACUGACGAGGGCACCGCUUCGACGCGUUCCCUUACUUCCGCCAGCUUUUGCCUGCCCUCUCGUUUUUUUUUUUUUGCGGACUGUAUUCCCAGAGAGACACUCUGUUCUCGCCUGCCUUGUUUCGCCUACUUUCCGAACGCCAUUUCAAUGGCUGCAGUGGAUGUUUCUUGGAACUGCCCGCUCCCGUGAGAGUACCCGGGUUCCUUUCUGUAACUUUUUUUAAUGUCGUCACUUUGGGACAGCCGUGGCAGCUGGCCCCUUUCUGUCCCAACUGUGAGUAUGCUGACGUGACUGUCGAAGUAAGGUAAAGAAAUUCUUGUGCCGUAAAGGACAGUGGUACGUUGAGACUUUUCAGUGUGACGCGAGGCGUCGUCGGGGAGGGUAAGUGCCUGCCCCCGGCUCGGCCAAAGCGCGGAAGCGGAUUUGUUCCUUUCGUCUCGCUCGCACCACGGCGUCGACUGCCUUUGACGACUGCAGUGCUCAUGCUGCCUUGUGUGACACGGGCCCAGCUGUGUGUGAGUUUCUCUUUGCGUCUUUCAUGCGCCUACAAUGUGCCAUGUUCAUCAGUUUCAUUUUUAUGUGUAUUUUUUUCCGCUUUGUGUCUUCAUUGCACUCUCCUGCAGGUAGCUAUGCGAAGGGUUUGUCGCAGGCACUGAGGUAUGUUUCCUCAAUUUACGGCCACAGCGAUGCACAUUGGAAAUCGUUGCUAGGUUUAUGUGUGGGCAUGCAAGUUUUGCUACUACCACGUUUUGCCAGUUUGGUAUUUGAAGAAAAUGCGUGAAGGACGCAUGCCCCGAGGAGGCGUCAGUAGCAAUUGUAAGUUGGCACAACUCUGCCUCUCGACGUAAAUUAAUUUGGUAAUUUUUAGGUGUGUCUUUUGCACAAAAGUGCCGUCACCUUGAAAUUAAUUGUGCACCCACUAGCUGACUCUACCGCUGUUCAGCGUUAACUGAGCGUGCAGCCACGUUUGGUCUGUGUUUGCCUCUUCAUUAAUACAAUGUUUUAACGUCUUGCUAUCUCUGAGGAAUCACCGCGGCGAGGGAGAGUGGCAUAAUUGCGCAGGCUGCGAGGCCGCAGAUCACUGGUGUUUUCGCUCCAGCACCAGGCUGGUUCAUCGGCCGUGGUUUCAUUUUGUAAAUAGGGUGAUUUGCUGAGGGUUUCUUCUUCCCGCGAGGAACGGGUUUUUGUCAAGGGGUGCCCCCUCCCCCUUUUCCGACCGUGCAACGAUUGCAGUGGUGCGAGGGGAAACGUGGCGGAUGUGUGACGCUUCUGUCAAGAGAUGUUUCUCCCUCUCUUUUGUACAGUGACUUUUUAUUUCUUCUUGUAAAUGACAUCCCUUCUGAAGCGAUUUGACUGAGCACGCUCUUGUUGAGAAGAUUGAAUAAAAAAUGUGAACUUCAAAAAUGA